AUGUCAACUACGAAUGGAGGCGGCCAGGAUGUCCCAAUUGAGAACCAGGGCCCGAACAUCCUGGGGGCCACAUUGACAGUCACCAUUGCGGCCUUCAUUACGAUGGCAACGAGGUUGUAUGUCAGAGUCUACAUGAUACGUAACGUCGGAUGGGACGACUACGUGAUGAUCGCGGCCAUGGCUUUGUGCGUCGCAGGCCAAGUCAUCAUCGUGCCUGAAGUCUACUAUGGGGCCGGCCGGCACGUUGGAGACAUCGAUCCCGAGGACUUCGCUAUCGGCUACAAGCUUAACUUCAUUACGCAGCCUAUCUACCUGUUUGCCAUCUGCUUAGUUAAGAUCUCCGUCGGCUUCUUCCUGCUGCGCAUCGCGGUGCACACCUUCUACCGGCGCAUCAUCAUCGGCAUCAUGGUCUUCAUGGGAUUCUACACCACCGGCUGUUUCUUCACCAUCGUCUUGCAAUGCACCAAUCUCGCUGUGCAGUGGGACCACACCGUCAAAGCCACCUGCUGGACAGCGCACACCAUCAAAGCUCUCAGCUACACAAACGUCUCGCUCAACAUCAUCACAGACUUAAUGUUCUCCGUCAUAAUUCCUUGCCCCCUGCUAUGGAGUCUGCAGAUGAACAAGCGGCAAAAGAUAUCUCUGAUGUGCAUUCUCGGCCUCGGCGUUUUCGCUACAGCCGCCGCUUUUGUCCGCCUAACCUACCUUACAUCCUACGGCCGCACAGGCGACUGGCUCUGGGACUCGCAACACCUGACGACCUGGACCGUGAUCGAAUCCAACGUGGGCAUUGUAGCCGGCAACCUGCCGUGCCUGAAGCCCCUCUUCCGCGUUGUGCUGGGCAGCACGUACGGCCGCGGCAGUCGCAAGCCGACCACACCGUACGAGGCACGGCCGUACGGCGCGGGGACGCGGCAGAGCGCGCACGCGAAGGGGUGGGGCGCGCUGGGGAGUGAGCGCACUGUGGACGGCGAGGCGGCGGGGUGUUCCAAGGGCGCGUUUAUGCUGACGACGAUCAAUGCGGAGAGGUGUCGGAAGGGGGAGGUGGUGAGUGCGCAGGUGGAUGAGGAGAGGAGCGGGAAGAGUAGUACGGAGAGUUUGGCUAGGGGGUUAGGGGGGAUUAAAGUCGAUACUGAGGUAAAUGUUGUGGAAAGUAAUAGUCCGCUGGAUUUUGACUUUGGAGAGGAUAAGCGGGAGAAGAAAGACAUGGUCUAG